GGGGUGGGGAGGGGAAAUCUAUACUUAGUGAAAUUUGGGAAGUAUUCCAGAGAUGACUUACAAGUAUGGAAAAGAAUACAUCUUUUGUGAUGCCCAAGACUUUAUCAGAUUGAAUUUGGAUUUCCUGAAUGAAAGGCUUUUACCAGAUUUCAAAACAAGAUUGUGGAGAGAAGAGCAGAAUGAGAGCUUCCCAAGCAUCACAUGCCUCCUGCUUCUUAUCCUUGCUAAUGCUAUUCCUUCCAGUCACUGGAACUUCAAAACAAAAUAUCCCAAGACUUAAGCUUUCCUAUAAAGACUUGCUGCUCUCAAACAGCUGCAUCCCAUUCCUGGGCUCAGUGGAGGGGCUUGAUUUUCGAACCCUGCUGCUAGAUGAGGAGAGGGGUCGGCUGCUAAUCGGAGCUAAAGACCACAUCUUCCUGCUCAGCUUGGUUGAUUUAAACAAAAAUGUAAAGAAGAUUUACUGGCCUGCAGCAAAAGAAAAGGUGGAAUUAUGCAAAUUAGCUGGGAAAGAUGCCCAUACAGAAUGUGCAAAUUUUAUCAGAGUUCUUCAGCCCUACAACCGGACCCAUGUUUAUGUCUGUGGAACAGGAGCCUUCCACCCUAUCUGUGGAUAUAUUGAACUUGGAACACACAAAGAGGAGACAGUAUUCAGGCUGGACACACAGACCUUGGAGUCUGGCAGAUUGAAAUGUCCUUUUGAUCCUCAGCAGCCUUUUGCUUCCAUAAUGGCAGAUGAGUACCUCUAUGCUGGAACAGCUUCUGAUUUCCUUGGCAAAGAUACUGCUUUAACACGUUCUCUGGGCCUGUCUCCGGACCACCAUUACAUUAGAACUGACAUUUCUGAACAUUACUGGCUUACUGGAGCAAAAUUUAUUGGACUCUUCCCCAUCCCGGACACGUACAACCCAGAUGACGACAAAAUCUAUUUCUUUUUCCGAGAAAUAUCACAAGAUAGCAGUACCUCUGAUAAAACAAUCCUUUCCCGAGUUGGAAGAGUGUGUAAGAAUGAUAUGGGCGGUCAGCGGAGCCUCAUAAAUAAGUGGACAACUUUCCUUAAAGCAAGGCUGGUGUGUUCAAUACCUGGGCCUGAAGGAGCAGACACACAUUUUGAUGAGCUCCAAGAUAUAUUCUUACUUUCUACAAGAGAUGAGAGAAACCCUCUAGUGUAUGGAGUCUUCACCACUUCAAGCUCUGUAUUCAAGGGCUCUGCAGUAUGCGUGUACAGCAUGGCUGAUAUCAGAGCUGUGUUCAAUGGUCCUUAUGCGCAUAAAGAAAGUGUGGAUCAUCGAUGGGUACAAUAUGAAGGUCGCAUCCCAUAUCCAAGACCUGGUACAUGUCCAAGCAAAACCUAUGACCCGCUUAUAAAAUCUACCCGAGAUUUUCCAGAUGAUGUCAUUAGUUUUAUCAGACGUCAUCCACUGAUGUACAAGUCAGUUUACCCAGUGACUGGAGGACCUGUAUUUACAAGGAUCAGUGUCGACUACCGACUGACACAGAUUGUGGUGGAUCAUGUUAUGGCAGAAGAUGGUCAAUAUGAUGUUAUAUUCCUCGGAACAGAUCUAGGGACAGUUCUCAAAGUUGUGAGUAUUACCAAGGAGAAGUGGGUAAAGGAGGAAGUAGUCCUGGAAGAGCUGCAAAUAUUCAAGCAUCCAUCAGUUAUCUCAACUAUGGAGCUUUCCCUGAAGCAGCAACAAUUGUACAUUGGUUCCAAAGAUGGAUUGGUUCAGCUCUCGUUGCACAGAUGUCACACAUAUGGGAAGGCUUGUGCAGACUGCUGCCUGGCCAGAGACCCAUACUGCGCUUGGGAUGGAAACUCAUGUUCCAGAUAUGCACCCACUUCUAAAAGGAGAGCUAGGAGGCAAGAUGUCAAAUAUGGAGACCCAGUUGCCCAGUGUUGGGAUGCGGAAGACAGCAUUAGUCAUGAAACUGCUGAUGAAAAGGUGAUUUUUGGCAUUGAAUUUAAUUCAACUUUUCUGGAAUGUAUUCCUAAGUCCCAGCAAGCCUCUAUUAGGUGGUAUAUUCAACGCUCUGGAGAAGAACAUCGAGAAGAGCUGAAGGCGGACGAGAGGGUGAUCAAAACGGAACAUGGCCUGCUGAUCCGCAGCUUGCAGAAAAAGGAUGCUGGAGCCUAUUACUGCAAAGCCCAGGAGCACACAUUCAUCCACACCAUUGUGAAGUUGAACUUGAAUGUCAUAGAAAACGGGCAAAUGGAAAGCACGCAGAAAACGGAGGACGAGGAAGGACGGGUGAGGGAUUUACUAACUGAGUCCCGGCUGAGGUACAAGGAUUACAUUCAGCUUGUCAGCAGCCCCAGCUUCAGCCUGGAUGAGUAUUGUGAACAGAUGUGGCACCGGGAGAAGCGGCGGCAGCGAAACAAAGGCGGGGCCAAAUGGAAGCACGUGCAGGAGAUGAAGAAAAAGCGAAAUCGAAGGCACCAUGAAACUGCCAGCCGACAUGCAGGCCCUACAGCCACAUUUCCCAGUUUAAAUUCAAAGUCUGCUGUGCUUUAAAACAACGUGAAAUGAUAAUCAUAACAAAUUCGCAAGGUGAUGUAAGAAACAGAAGAACUGUUCCAGGUGACUUUUAUUACUGCUGUAGACUGCUAGUUAAUAGUUUCAAACAGUUAAUGCCAAGAAAAUCAUCUGUCUGUUCAUAGACAACCGUGCUAUUUUUAAUAGGCCUAGACACGGCUCAGUUUUGGUGGCGUUUCAUAUUCUGCUCCCGUGGUCUUAUUAUGUAUAAGUGCCUUUGGCUGCUUUUUGUGUUCUGUUCAUUUUAUUCUUGCUAUUAAAUAGAAAUGUCUCCGAGGCCAGCCGGUUUUUGAAAUCUCAACAUUGAUGAAUUUAGUGCAUGGAAAAGAAGGGUUAGGCAGGUAAUUUGACUUGGAUACUUGUACAUCUUGUGCCUACUAUGGGCAGAGUGUUAUGGGUUUAAUGACUUUAAUGAGAUUUCAGAGCCUCGUGGGACUUCAGCAGUUUUGUCUAUAAGCUGAGUGUCAGGGUCCAUUUACAAAACUAGUAUUUACUGUACUCCAAAGCAUCGUCUAAAGUUGUGUAAUUGGACUCCAAAGUUGUAAAAUCUGAUGUUUAGAGAUGGCAAAAAAAAAUAAUUUAAUAAAAUAUUUUCCCUAUUUUGUCAUAAAGGUCAAAGGAAAUUCUUAAUGAUAUAAUAUGCUUACUAAUGGCCCUUCAAAUGCAUGUCUGAGGUGGGGUUGGGGGAGUUGUGUUAAAUAUAUUGAUAGGUCAUGACAGUCAGAAGAGUUUUUUCAAAAAUGUUUUUUGAGAAUUUCAAUUAAAAAUAUUCUUGUUCCCUUCCUUCCUCCCACCACUAAGAAAAUUCACACACAGAAGGACAAUGGCGCUGAAGUGAAAAUUGCUUUGAAUUUGUUUUCAAAAUGCACAUAGCUUUAAAAAGGUUGAACCCGUUUCAAGGAUUCUGUAAAUUCUUUUUUAGAGACUUUCCAUGCUUUCAAGUUUUUUAGACAGUUUAAAGAUUGCUUGUCAAGGUGUUAACUUUGUAAUAGCCUAUAUUUUUGGAUAGAGAGAACAAAAGAGAGAUUUUCUCCAAACUGCUCUAUAAUAUUUUCAGUCGGUUCUAUAAAGAUGAUUCCUGCCCCUUCCAAGAACAGCAUCAGCAGCUCAGGAUAUAUUUUGCCUGGCAAGAAAUAGCAGCUCAGAAAAUCUUCACAAUCUUUUAAAUGGAAAAUUGAAACCAAACUGACUGACCGCAUAAUACCUUACAUUCUCUUAGUAAGGUUAAUGUAUUCCUUUGGUGUGAAAGUACCCUCUGUUCCACAUAUCCAGCAGAAUUCUGCAUUUCUUAUGUUCCACUUAUAUCCAUCUUAUAAGGUACCCAUAGGACACAAGUAAUUUAUAGGGCAAGCCAAUUGCACGGGGAUGAAUUUCACCUCUAUAGGAUAACUAUUUAUAGAAUGAUAUGAGGAAAAACUCUGUUGGUGGCGUGAGUCUAUUUGUAAAUCUCCACAGUUAAUGGUGUAACAUGACUAAAGUGAUCAAUAAUAAGGAGAGACCUACCAAAAUUGUGACAGAAGUGAGCUGUGCAGCAGCUCCUUUAAUCUUGUUUGUUUCACUGUGCAGCCUCCUGCCUCUGAUUGGUGGAGGCCUUGGAGGUCCCACUGCUGAUUGGCCAGGAGGCAAAAACCAUGGUUUGAAAUACGGCACGGUUUUUGUCUCCCAGCUGAUCAGGGACUGGCAGGGCUGCUGGGGCCCUUGGCUACUCAGCAAUGUCAGGCAAAACUGUUCCAUAUUUAAAACCAUAGUUUUUGCCUCCUGACUGAUCAGUAGCAAGCCGCAGGGCUCUGCCAAUCGUGGGGGGGACGGGGGCACAGAAAAGUGAGCAAGAUUAAAAGGACUGAAGUGCACCUUCACCAUGAUUUUGGUAGGUUCCUAAUGGUAAGCUCUGAGUUUCCCAGACCUGCUUUUUUUAAAUAAUUUCCACUUUUGUAUUCCAAAGGUAACUGAAACUGUUAAAUGUAUAUGUUGGUUGUACUAUAAUAAACACAGAGCUG